AUGGGAGAGUAUUUAACAGGCCGCGAUUGCUGGAAUGAAGCUGCUUUAGGGUCAGGGAACAACGGACAUGGUGGGAUGUUGCGUGACCUGGAUGGUAUUUUUAAAGCUGAAUUAAAUAAUUUCCUUAUGAAGGAACUUGCUGAAGAUGGUUAUUCGGGUGUUGAAGUUCGACGAACACCGGCACGUGCUGAAAUAAUCAUUUUGGCAACACGUACACAAAGUGUAUUGGGUGAACGUGGACGGCGGAUUCGUGAAUUAACAUCUGUUGUACAGAAACGAUUUGGAUUUGCUGAUGGAACAGUCGAG